AUGGAACAUCGACCGCUCCCCCACCACUCCCCAGCGAUACGCCGCUUUCUCGACGAAACAGAAUUCGAUCAGUACUACCCAAUUGUCGUUACCAAAGAACCAGACCGAGAAAAUUCCUACGUUGAUUCCCACAAAGCACAGCUACACAGCGUUCGACACAACGUCCCCCGCCGAGAGCCAAGCGAAGCCAUCAAGUUUCCUUUCCUCUGCGUCUUCCACUUCGCCGGCUGCGAUCAGGAAUUCUCGAACAAAAGUGACUGGAAGAAACAUGUGGUGUCCCAGCAUUUAAAACUCGAUCGCGUGUUUUGGAGGUGUAACGAAGGCGAUUGCGCACAUUCAAGAGAUACACUGGCGCAAUGCAAGUCCGUGCAGACCACUUGCCCAUCUAGCCCUGGUCAGCAAUUCACGAACAAACACGACUUUCAAAUCCAUCUUCUCGCUCACCAUCAAUCGACCAAGCCCAACGAUGAAGAGGGCGAUAUAAUAUCCCUUCCCAAUACAGAGGUAAAAUGGCUUGUGGACCGUUCAGACUCGUCGAUGCGCAUGGUCUGUGGACUGCCUCAAGAUCUUGGCUGUCCCAUGCCCCAGUGCGCUUCAGUCCGAUUUACUGGUCCUGCAGCGUGGGAUCAACGCCUCAACCACGCUGCCGAACACUUUCUUGCCAGCCCGCAGUGCAUGGGUGUAUUCGGAGGUGAAAAGGAUGCCGAGCUUGUACAAUGGGCCUCCUGCAAUGCGGUCAGCAUUCUUGAACAGACGCCAGAUGCUAACCCUCAACAACAUGAUUGCAAUAAGUCGGUCGCAGACAGUGGCUAUAGCAGCAGACCUGAUAUGCCCCGGCGCCUGGACAUGUCGGAGCACGGCGAUUCGUCCCCCGCGGUGCCUCGUAAAAUGCAGUUAUGGAAGAGCGAUGCCACAUUCUCCGACCGCAGCACGGAGGAACUAUAUUCGGAUGCAGACCUUGUCGGUAUUGGAGCCCAGUUUCAAGAUUAUGAAGACCGGAUGACUCUUAUUGACAAAGAGAUAAACUUCUCUGUAUGUAAAUCUUCUGAAGAAGUUUCCUCGAAACAUGAGUCCACUGGUGACCAUCAUACCCUCAAUACCUCCCAAGACUCGGAUUCUGGUGGCGAGUCUGAUGAAACGCCCGAUCGCAACCCCGAAACUACGGCUCUUAUGCAGUGGUCCCGUGGGUGGCUUCGACAAUGGCUAGCUCCAUUGACACAAGAGAGGCCAAACGGAAAUGAGGGUCAUCGAAACACUGCUUCUCAAAGCCAAAACUCAACUUCGACCUCCAGCUCCAGCUCCAAAACACAGAAGAAGAAGGGUGCACCUCGACCUCACCGUCCCCCCAAACGUAAGCGCUCCAACGACGAUGAAGACGAGGGCAAUGGGGAGAGCUCCAAAUCCCAAUGCAUCGAUGGAGAUUCGGCGGUGCGAAUGCUUGCCUGCCCAUUCUUCAAGCGCAAUCCCCGUAAAUACGGUCAACCCAAGUGGAAGAGCUGCGCACACCCUGGUUAUCCGAAUAUGCAUCGAGUAAAGGAGCAUAUGUUCCGCAAACACUCGCUGCCCGAGUACCAAUGUCGGCGCUGUCGCGUAGAUCUCGAGACAUCGGAAGCACUCGAGGCGCACUCACAGCAAUUGCAGGCGUGCACUCCCUGUAUCAGCAAUCAAGACGGAUUGAGUCAAGAUCAAGUAAAAAGAAUGAGGAGUAAGAAAGGAGCGGGGAAGAACAAGAGCGACCAAGACAAAUGGAACGACGUUUACUCGAUUGUCUUUCCUCAUGAUCAGCAGACGCCCAGUCCUUGUAUGUCAGCACCCCCUUCCCACCGCUUCUCUACGAAUCCAACUGACGACUUAGAUGUCGACGAUACAGACCAAGAUGAGAAUGCUCGGGAGUUUAAUCUCUGCCAUGAGUUCCGCCGUUUUUUAGAGAGGGAGCUGCCCCCGCUCGUUAGGAGACGUUUGAGCACGAUAGGAUGUCCCUUGCCGGAGACCAUAAAAGACGAUAUUGAGCAAUAUGUGAAAGGACUGGUUCCUCAGUUGCAGGGCUCGUUUUUGGGGGAGAUGGGCUUUGUGGCGGGUGGGCAGCUGGAUGUUGCAUCGACGACAAAUGAUGGGGACAGCUUCGUGGAUUCUACGACGACGAUACGUACUUCUGAAGACUCGGCGACGACGCUUCAGCAAGACAGCAUUUCUGAACACCAGACGACGACGCUGCCGAAAGGAAGCACCUCGCAAGAGGCAAUGUCCAUGUUUCCGAUAAGCGACGGCUCUAAAGAAUUGACGACGAUGCCUCAAGUUGGAUAUGACAUUGCAGACUCGACUAUGUUCCUGGAUGGGACUUUGUCUGCACAGGGCAUGAUGUUUCCAACAUCUCAGAUAAUGCCGCCGUACUUUUCGACGACAAAUGAAGAUUGGCAGGCUUUUUUGCAGUUUGGCUAUAACCCAAAUCUUCCCUGA